AUGCAGAAUCACCCUAAUACUGGAAUGAUUGAUGAGUUGCGUAGCUUGAGUACUUUUCAAAGAGAGAAUCCGCCUACCUUCAAGGGUAAGUAUGAUCCUAAUGGGGCGCAAGAGUGGCUUAAGGAGAUUGAGAGGAUCUUCAGGGUGAUGAACUCUUAUGCAGCGCAUAAGGUACGUUAUAGUAUUCAUAUGCUGGCUGGAGAAGUUGAUUACUGGUUGGAUGACACUCACCAAAGGUUGGAGGCUAUUGGCGAGGUGAUUACUUGGGUUGUGUUCAUGAGGAAGUUCCUGAGGAAGUAUUCAACCGUCACUGAGUACGCUGCUAAGUUUGUGGAACUUGUCAAGUUCUACCCACAGUAUAGUGCAGAGACGAUUGAGUUUUCCAAGUGUAUUAAGCUUGAUAAUGGGUUGCAUCCGGAGACCAAACGGGCGAUUGGGUGUGGUGAACAAGGUCACUGUUCCAAUGAGUGUGAGAAUAAGGUGCUUAGAUGUUACAAAUGUGGUAAGACCGGUCAUCGUGUUUUUGACUACAAAGACGAUGGUCCAACUUGUUUUAAUUAUGGUGAACAGGGACAUAUCAACACUCGGUGCCACAAACCGAAGAAGGAUGUUAAUGCUGCCAAGACCAACGGUAGGAUGUUCGCUUUGAGUGGAGCAAAGGAUUCCAAGAAGGACAACUUGAUUCGAGGUACUUGUUUUAUUAACAAUAUCGAAUUUGUUUCUAUUAUUAGUACUGGUGUUACUCAUUUGUUCAUUUCGCUUGAUUGUGCUACUAUGUUGGGAUUGCAAUUGUCUUCUAUGGAUGGUAGUAUGAUAAUAGAUACUCCUGCUAGUGGUUCUGUUACUACUACUUUUGUUUGUAAGGGAUGUCCUUUGACUAUCUUCGAUAAGAUUUUCGUGAUGGAUUUGGUGUGUCUACCCUUGCACCAAAUCGACGUGAUUAUAGGAAUGAACUGGUUGGAGUUCAACUAUGUUCAUAUCAAUUGUUACAAUAAUACGUCGAGGUUCCCCAAGUUCGGUGAUAAUGGAGAACUGAUGUUGUUGACUGCUAAGCAAGUGAGUGGGUUUAUUAGAGAUGAAGUUGUGAUGUUUGCAAUGUUUGCGUCGUUGCCAAGUGACUGUGAGGCUGCAAGUGUUGAACUUUUAGUUGUUUGUGAACUUCCUGAAGUGUUUCCAGAUGAUAAGUGGUUUGCCUCCGGAACGUGA